AUGGCAGUCGACAUGAACAUCAAAGAACUUUUGGUCAUAGGAGAUUCAAAUUUGUUGAUACACCAAGUCCAAGGAGAAUGGUCCACCAAGAAUAUCAAGAUAUUGCCUUACCUGCACUGUGUGAGGGAGCUGUGCAAGAAGCUCACAAAGAUUGAGUUCAAUCAUGUCCCUAGAAUUCAGAACGAGUUUGCCAACGCCUUUACAACCAUAUCAUCUAUGAUUCAGCAUCCAGAUAAGAAUUUUAUCGACCCUAUCAAGGUAGAAAUCAAGGAUCAACACACCUAUUGCUUUCAUGUGAAUAAAGAACCAGAUGGUAAACCAUGGUAUCACGACAUCAAGAAAUUCCUUACGACCCAAGAGUACCCAGAGAAUGCUACUAAUGGUCAACAGCGAGCCCUCAGGAGGAUGGCCAGUGACUUUAACAAAAGAGUGAAGCCUCGCCAAUUCACACCGGGGCAGUUGGUUCUUAAGAAAAUCUUUCCCAAUCAAGAAGAAGCCAAAGGAAAGUUUGCACCAAAUUGGCAAUGUCUUUACAUGGUUCACCGAGCACUGUCUGGUGGAGCUCUAAUACUAGAAUAA